AUGUCUGAGAUGAUGAGCGACCCAGUAAUUGCUUUCUUCGAUUUCAAAAGAGAUACCAGUGGGAUCCUGCGGUUGGGAGUGAUCGCAAUUUGUUCGGAGACGCUCGAGCGCAUUGAUGAAUCCGUGUCUACGAUUCGCGACGAAACUCAAGAUUGGCUCGAACUCGAAGGGGUACCUACAUUCCUUGAAAUCUCCGAUUGGGUCUACCACAUGCUCGACGGAAGAAUUUGGAUGGGCCAUGACAUAAAACCCGACGUUGAUAGAUUGAAGAAAGCCUUUGAAGAAAUCGGCAGAGAGCCUUCUCCAAGUAAUGAAGGAUCCGGGAUCGAUUAUUGCACACAGAAUCUCAAUGCUAUCGAGCAGAGCGGAGAGGUCAUGUCAUUGUUGGAUCCGGAUAAUGAGAAGAAUAAUGGGGAUGAUAUGCAUCCCAUGAUUUCUCAGUUCAAAAAAUGGGAGCGUUUUGAGGCUGCUGCAACUAGCGAGUCACUUUCGCCAUGAUGAACCACUAGUAGUGGUCUUUACUUGGCAAGUUUUUGCAAGUUUCAAUUGCAUUUGCUGAAUCUGAGAUCAUGUUACUGUUUGACUGAUUCAAUCUUAUUAUCAGGAUUUUCAAUGUUGUUCCUUGUUUGCUAAACAAUUUUAUUCAGAUAUAAAGCAAGCAAUUGUGUUGAAUUUGAAUAUGGCUUGUUUAUCAAGCAAACAAGCAAGUCGUCAUAUAUGAUUUUCUUUUGAGCUAGGAAUGUUAAAACCGUUUUAGCUCA